AUGCCUUCAACAGCCCUUACCUUCCCUUCGUCUUCGACGAAACAAUUUUACGGAACAAACUCACCCUGGGAGGGAACUUAUGGCCACUAUCGUGCCAUUCGCGUCGGCCAACAAAUCUACCUUUCAGGUACAACAGCUGCCGAUCCUGACAGCCCACCUGGAAAACCGCGGGUACUUUGCCCUGGAGAUGCCCGUGGCCAAACACGGGUCACCUUGAAUGAGAUAAUUAAGGCUAUUCAACAUCUUGGAGGCAAGGGCGGCGAAAGCAUUAUACGAACCCAACUAUUCAUUCAACGCCACGAAGAUGCCCCGGAAGUGAUGGCAGGAUUUACGGAAGUCCUAGGGCGGGAUCAUGGCGGCAAUAUCGGCUCCACUGCCAUUCUGCUUGUUGUUUCGAAUUUCUCCGACCCGGAAAUGCUGGUGGAAAUUAUGGUGGAUGCAAUUGCCGACGCUUCAUGA